AUGAUUUUGGAUUCGGAAGGACACAAUGAGAAGUAUAGUUUGCUAGAUGUAAAAAAGGUAGGAUCAUUCGCCCGGGAAUUGACAAAGGAGAAUUUUCAGCUUAUAGGGAGAGUGGUUAUCCAUACGCAAUCUAACUUGAUUGAAUAUGACUAUAAGGAGUUGUACGACAGUUUUAUUCGUCAGUGGGAGAAGGUGAAACAUCCAAUCUACUUUGUGAACUUGGACAUAAAUAAUUUGCGCAAAUACCAGUCGUUCAACAAUUAUAUCAGUCAGGAGUCGAUUCAGUACUCAGAGAAUGAGGACGAGCAAAGUUGUGAAAUCGAUGUCCAAGACACUAUUUUGAAUAAUUUAACCAACUGGAUUGCGUUUGAUAUCAAUGAGCUUAUCAGUUUGCCGUACAAUCCGAGCUUGCGUCAUCUCAAUCUUUUCAUUGAGCAACUGUUUCUCCUCGAUCCUAUAGAGAAGUUGAACCGUAAUGUGUUGAGAAACAUGGAGAGCUUGAAAGCAUUGUACUUAAAUCUGCCCAAGUCAACUUCGGUGUUCACCAAAACGUUUCUGGGAAAGGUUAAGUUGAAUUUGCGCAAGCUUUCCCUCUCAAGCUCGCACAACUUUAAAGCAGACUCAUUAUUGACUUACCGUGAAGUGAGCCAAUUGGUCAACUUCCAGGACUUGGAAGAACUCGAGUUGAAGGUUAAUUGCACGAAUCACUACUGUCCUAACGAAUGCAUGGUUCAAUUUUUUAGAGACUGGUUCUCAAGCUGCAGGGAUCCAUUGGCCUUGACCAAGUUAGUGUUGAUCAACUACAAAUCAAAUCCCCACACUGAUAAUUUGCUGCAGUUCAACAAAUUGAUUGAGAACGAGUUAUUUUGCUCGAUGAUCUCGAACUUGAGAGAAAUCUACUUGAAUAUUAACGACUUGACGAAAUUAACAUUGGAAAAUAAAUCAUCCCUAAACUACAAUAAAUUCUUCAGAAAUUUAUCUAAAUUGCCCAACUUGGCAAAGAUAGUCAUCCCAGAUUUUUUUAACGAUUGGGUGGUGAAUUUGCCUCGCUUAUUCAAUAAGAGGACGAACUUCUUCGAUUUGUUGGUUAAUCAGUGUGAUUGUAAAGUUUGUAAUGACACCAGACUUACUUUCAACAAGCUUUCGACCCUCGACUCGAAGAAUCACUUUCAACACGACUUCGAUAACUUCACUAACUCGUCUGCUGAUUCCUCAAAUGUUAAAAUUGAUACUACCAGUGAGUACAAUUUGAAAUUUUUGAACUAUAUUGUCCGCAAGUUGAAGCAACAGUUUAUUUAUUUGAACCAGAAUUUAUACUCCAUCAAUUCAAUUUUGAAUUCUGAUGACAGACCAUUGCUCAUCAAUCAUGAUUUAGAUCAAUUCAAGAAUUUAUUCUUACAUUCUUGCUUAUUGAAUUUAAUCAAAUUAUUUAAAAUUCAUGUGCCUACCCUAAAGUCAAUAAACUUAGGAGGUAUUCAAUAUUUAGUUCCAAAUUAA